CACCAACGAAGAGCUCAGCAUGCCCGUUUCACUUGAGGUCUCUCGUGAUCCAGCGCCAGACUCGCGCCAGACAGAGCACACAGCCGGUCCCAACCCACAGCCAGGAGACCAUCUCUUAGGCCCGAGCAGUGGCACCUUGACGCCUCGUGCGCUUGCAGAGACGUUCCCUACCUUGAAGGUGCUCGUCUAUACCGAGCACCCAAGGCGUGACAUGGUCACGGCCCUGGCGCCGCCGUCCGAGGCGUUCAAAAGCGGUCUUGUCGGUGGCUUCUUGCACGGCUUGAGCCUCGUCGAAGCAAGCCUGGUCGUCGACGCCACGGGCAAGAUCGUCUCGAUUCCGAUCGACGCUAUUGGCACAGCGCAGUGC